GUGGGCCUGUCAGCCGCAACCCUCUCUUUGCCUUCGCCCUCCAACUUUGAUUUCGUCACCCACGCUGCCACAAGCCUUUUAUCCCCAGCCAACGUCCAGCGCAUUCAACACUCUGCGCGCCCCUUUCUCUGCAGUUUUGGGCCGUUUCAGCAACUACACUGUCUCUCUCUCAGCGCACCGUCACCGCCCGCCCGAUCAGCCACGUCCCUCAUUCCUCGUUCAAGAUGGCCAGUCGUGCAGCGCACAAGCGCUUAACGCGCGAAUACAAGAGCAUCUCUGAAAACCCACCUCCGUACAUCCAAGCCCACCCCUCGGAAACCAAUAUCCUGGAGUGGCACUAUGUUAUUACCGGUCCUGAGGACACCCCCUACCAUGGCGGCCAGUACUGGGGAACCCUGAUUUUCCCUCCCAACUACCCCUUCGCCCCACCAGCGAUCCGUAUGCACACCCCCUCCGGCCGGUUCCAACCGUCAAGCCGUCUCUGUCUUUCCAUCUCGGAUUUCCACCCACGAUCAUUCAAUCCGGCCUGGGAGGUAUCGACCAUUCUGAUCGGCCUGCUUUCGUUCAUGACAUCAGAGGAGAUGACCACUGGGUCGGUGUCGGCUACCGAGGCCGAGAGGAGGAUGUAUGCCGCGCGAUCUCGGUGGUGGAACUCGACAGGGGGCGGCUCGCACUUGAAAAGAGACAGCAAGGCUGGUAAAGGCAACAUCAAGGCCGGGGAUGGCGGUCUCAAGUUCAAGUCGGAAUGGCCAGAAAUUGACGCUGAAAACUGGGCGUGGAUGCGAGAAAACAAGAUUGAUACGGCUACGGGGAUGAAGAUGGUUGAGGCGAACCCUGCUUCUUGUGGGCCCCAGCUCGGUAUUGCUACCGGGAGCGGCCACCAAGCCCAUGCGGUGGUGGAUGCUGUCAUUCAGCAACGAGAAGCAGGGCAAGGUUGGCUUCGCAACAACAAGAUGCUGGUGGUUGGAGGCAUCAUCUUUAUUUAUGUUCUGAUUGCACGGCUACUAGGUGAGGGCACUCUAUGAGUCUUGCAAAGAGGUUGGCGAGUUGGAUGUUGGUUCGGGAAUGCAGCGAGGGCCAUUUAGGCAGGGCGGAUGGUCUCUUUAACACUGGAUUACCAUGUUUUUUAAUUGGGUUUCCUCAUCUUGGGCCAAAGAGUUAUGUUUCUCAUUAGGCUUUGCUCAAACUGUACUUCUAUGCGGGAAAUGGAAGGGUUUCUAGGCUUUCUGCUCGGCACAUUUCGGCGGUAUGUUCAUUUGUAAUAUGGCUUUCAGCAAAGUAAACAACACACAAAUACGUAAGGCAGUUGUUGGUAGUGUAUCUAAAGAUCAUACCAUUCUUUUCUACU